AUUAACCACAGAACUGGUUUUUCCGCAUUUCUUCUGGUGAAAGGACAGGCCAGGAAAAGAGCGCAGGCAGCAAGCAAGCUGAUAAAGGAAAGCUGGCUGUGGACAAGUGACUGCCAGGCUGUGACAGGACUCCUGUCGGGACUCGUCAUGCUCUGUGGGCUAGGGGGACUGCCCCCACAACACUUCAGAAACUUCCACCGAAGUCAGCUGGCCACCACACAGGCAUCACACCCAUUUUUAAGGUGAGAACAGGGGAGUAAUAAAGGUUCAGGAGCUCAGCCAAUGUCACCCUAGGCCAUCAGAACACGGCAGUCCUGAUGCACCCACCAACUCAUGCCAGUACCUCUCUCCACCACUACAGCAAUCUUGGCUGUCCAGCCAUAUGCUGCGACUUGGACACAGCAUCAGAGCCAAGACCCAUCUGCACAAUUGCCCUACCCGGAUAAGAGGAGCAGCACAUGCUAACGCCAAGAAAUGACAAUAGCUUGAAAUAAACUCAGAGCUCUAUUGAAGAACUGCAGAUGUUAACUAUUCGGAAGAGUGACAUUUAUUAAAGAGACGUAGAUGCAGAACACUCUGGAGCGCCAGAACGAGUCUCGGGCUGUGAGAUCGGGUGCUACACUGCGGCGUUCUCCGCACAAGGCAGCGCCACAGAAUCUUUAGCUGGGAGGAAGCUGAAGAGGAGCGUAGCCUGAGGCUCGCACGCCCGAAGCAGAGCGCAGGCCGGGCUCGGGGCCGGGCACAGGCGCACGGCAGCCCCGGGGGCGGCGGGCAGAGCUGCCGGCGUUCCGGCGGAAGGGGCGGGCACCGGCAGCAGCGGCGUGGGGCAGCCAUGGGCCGCAAGAAGAACAAGAAGGGUCCGGGCGGCCGCGAGGGGCGGCUGGUGGUGACUUUCGACGAGGAGCGGCGGAGGGAGUACCUGACCGGCUUCCACAAGCGGAAGGUGGAGCGGAGGAAGGCGGCGCUGGAGGAGAUCAAACGGAAGCUGAAGGAAGAGCAGAGGAAAAUGAAAGAGGAGCGGCACCAGGAGUAUCUGAAGAUGCUGAGCGAGAGGGAGGAGGCGCUCGAGGAGGCUGAUGAACUGGAGCAUUUGGUGACAUCGCGGACAGAGUCUGUGAGCAUCGACCACCCAAACCACAUCGUAACAGUGACCACCAUCAGUGACCUGGACCUCUCGGGGGCACGCCAGCUGGGACUGACCAGCCCCGUGGGAAAAACUGAUGGAUCUGAAGAAGAGAAAGGAGAAGAGGUGGUGAACAAGCCCGUGAGAACAAUGCCCAAGAAGUCCAGAAACCCCUUCCUGUCUGAAAAAAUCUCUUCUCUUACUGCCACGCUGCACAUGCACAGCCGGAAAAAGACAAAAGGAAAGAGAUCCCAACGUGGGCAAGGCCCACGUAAGAAAAUCCAGAAGUCCAGCACAGGGCGAACCACCAAAACUCAGCGUCGGAGGCUGACUGGAAAAAUGGGCCGUGAUCAAGAUUAACAGAGAAAUUAGUGUUCAGACCACCAGCUGGGACAGUGCUCCACAUCUGGGCUGCUGCUCUUCAGGACCCUGUCAUUGUGGGCAGGCAUCUUGUUUACAUGGCAUUCUGACUGGCCACGAACCCAGUUCAGCCUUUCUGUAGCCUUCUGAGCACUGGUCAAGGUGACUAGACACUCUACCCAUUUAUUUUUGCUGUGAUCUCCAGUUAAGUGCCUGGGUGCCACAGAAUCCCUUAAAAACUUCUGCUGAAGGUCAUGCUCUCUAUCUGGCAUAAGCCUUCUGUCCUUGCUCCCCCCUCUUUCAGACUUAAUACUUGUCUUUAUCAAAGAAGAGGAUUUGGGGCAGAGUGCAACAGGCACAUCGUUGUCAGGGCAAUUUGAGAGACUUGGGAGAGCUUUGCUUGCACUCCUGCAUCAGUGCCCUGGCAUUUGGGCUGUGCAGUAAAUCCUUUUUCCAUGGAGACAUGGUGUCAUCUUGUCUCCUGUGUUUCCUCACCACACAACACAGUGCCACACCUGAAUGCAGGGGUACUUUUUGUUUGAUAUUUGUGCCAGGUGAAACUGGGUAACAUUGUGAAUAAAUUUGAAGUCAUUUUGCUAAGAAAAAAAAAUAAUCUGUGACUUAUUUGAAGCAUAGCAGGGGCUGUGCUAACGCCAGUACCAACUGGAAAGAGUGGGAGGUAAUUUCUGGUGUUUAAAGGAUAUUGAAAUCCACUGGUGCUUGGAGAAUGUAAUAGCUAGGAGCUAUUUCUGUGGCAAGGCAGAGCCAGCUAGAGCAGGAAUGGCUCAUUCCAUUGUCUGCUGAAUAUGCUGAUCGUAACUGCGAUAGCUCAGGGGAGUAUGAAAUGCCCUAAUGCCCUUGCUGUUUGUGUGUGGCCCUCUCCGGGGUGGGAGUGGCAGAGGCUGCCCUUGCCCUUUACCUCAGGGUUGCUGCAGUUAUUAGUAGCUAAUUGCCUUUCUUCUUAGGACCUCAGUGUAUGUUUCUUACUGUGGUUGCCCUCAGCAGGGGGAGAAAAAAAAAUUUGUAUGGUUGGAAUUUAGGAAUACUGGUGGCAAAGCUGUGAGUGAAUCCUCUGAGGAGGAGAGUGAGCCCAGGCAGCAUGCUGGCCUCUGUCCUGGACUAUCCUGGAGUAUUCUGCCUCUGUGAGCCAGGCCUCCUCCCAUGCCAUGUGUGCACUGGAAAGGAAAUGACAAAGAAAGAAAAAGCCUAUGUGUCCAAAACCCACACCAGAAAAAUUUGCAACCCAGCAAUGGGCAAGUAAAUAGAUUCCUCAUGCCAGAAAUGGGAGGGAAGAGUAAAGCAGUGCCUGAGGCUGCAUGGAGGAACAUCAGAACAAUGCUGAUGGCCACCAGCCGCUAAAGUGAAUGGCACCAGCUUGAUGUCUCUCCAUCGUUACUUGUGGAGUGUGCACCCAGAGCUGUUCUCCAGAGUGUGUUCAGGGGGAGGGUAUGAUCUCAACACUGACAGCAGAAGCGCUAUUUCUGCUAGAGGGAGGGUUCUGGAGGGAACACACGUGCUUGUGGCAAGGAAUGGGGCCCUCCUGCACUUCACUUUCCUUUCUGAGGAAGGUAAUUGCUGGGGAGGUGGACACUGUUAUCACUGCUGCCUUGUAUGCUUGGAUUCAGAGUCCCCACCCUGGGCUGAGUUCUUGUGCACUAACACAGAAUAAACACUGUCACAUUAUUAAGGUGUGUGUUUUCUCACCUCCAAAAUAGUUCUCAAACACUGCCUUAAAGGCCCCUCCAGAAAGGUCAUGGGAUUUAAUGGGUGAGCUUACCUAUCCAUCUGUCUCACCUGGGGUUCUUGGGUGUUUCAGAGCUGCAAAAACACAACUCAGGCAAGGCCAAAAGUGUUAUGCUGAACUCGAUCUCAGCCAAAGUAUCCAAGAGAUCCUAUGUGUGGAGUAUAAAUUAUUUCUUGUUCUGGUUUGGGAGUUAAUGCUCUAGAGCAUUCUGUGCUUGGUGGGUUUAAGAGGGAUGAAGGGGGGAAGGAGAGGGAAGUUCCGUUUGGAGAGGUGUGUCACACCAAGGGGACUGCAA